AACUCUGACCUCUGUGCUUGUGUCUGUAGUUGGAGCUCAUCGAGGGGGAUUUAGCGGGUUAGAAAAUGAAAGUAUUCCUUCAGAUGGAUGGAUUGUCACGGCUGUUUCGCUAGGUUAGCGGCAGCCACACUCACUCUUUAACACGAUUUGCGGUCGCAGCUUGUCACACGGCUGCUGUCAGAUACCCUUCAUGUGUUACCCGGGAUUUGUUUUGCUACAUAGCUAGUUAGCUGUGGGCUAGUUAGCCGGCUAGCAGGCGCUGUCACCGUUAAUAGUGCUAACUUAAAAAAGCGGUGCUGUGAAGUGCGAAUAACAUCCGGCUUUACAAAUUAGCGAAAAUCCGAGCAGGUCUUUCUCCGGGACUCAUGACCGCCCCUCUGUAACAAUGUAUGCGAGGCCAGGUUUACCAAGUAAGGGAACAAGCCGCCCUGAAGUAACAGUUAGCCACGUUACAGCUCACCGUGCCUGUCGUCAAAAUUGCAAGUAACCUGGCGGUGUGAGGAACCGGGCAAGCUAACGGGACAACCAUCAGCUAGCCGGGCUAACGUUAGCUAAGACACCGUUUUCUAGCAUCAAGCGACGGGAUAACCUUUCCAGCGACAAUGGCUAACGUUACAGACCUGCAAACAAAAUACAGCAAGCUGGCACAGGAGUACUCCAAGCUCCGUGCCCAGAACCAGGUGCUGAAGAAGGCGGUUGUGGAUGAACAGGCCAACUCUGUCGCGCUAAAAGAGCAGCUGAAGCAGAGGGACCAGAGCCUGAGGAAGCAGGAGCAGGAGAUGGACAGUCUCAGCUUCAGGAACCAACAGCUGGCCAAGAGAGUGGAGCUGCUGCAAGAGGAGCUAGCUGUCUGUGAAGCCAAGGGCAAAAAGGGGAAGAGUAAAGGUGACUCCCCCUCGCUGCAUGGCCUGGAGACCCAGAGUGUUUUUGAUGAGGACCUGCAGAAAAAGAUAGAAGAAAAUGAGCGACUUCAUAUCCAGUUCUAUGAAGCAGAUGAGCAGCACAGGAGGCAGGAGGCCCAGCUGAGGGCACGGCUAGAGGAGCUGGAGAAAGAUUCCGAGCAGCACCAGGCUGUUGUGGAUGGACUCACCGCUAAGUUCAUGGAAACAAUUGACCGCCUGCAGAGUGACAAGGCUCGUUUAGAGGUGAAAGCACAGACCCUGGAGAGGGAAGCAAAAGAGUGCAGAAUGCGAACAGAAGAGUGUCAGCAGCAGGUGAGGCGGUGCCAGUCAGAGCUGAACAGACAGGUGAAACAAAGCAGCAGUGUUAUCCAGGAGAAAGUGCCCUUCAAUGACACCAAGUUUAGUGACUACAACAGCCUAAAUGUGCCACCACACAAUCGAAGGCACCAGAUUAAAGCCCGGGACUUGGCAGGUCAGGCCCUGAGCUUUAUUCAGGACCUGGUGGCUGCUCUGUUGAACUUCCACUCCUACACAGAACAGAGAGUGCACAUCUAUCCCCUGGACUCAUCCAUCGAGCCCAUCUCCCCUCUUAACCAGAAGUUUUCUCAGUAUCUACAUGAGAAUGCAGCCUAUGUGCGCCCCCUGGAGGACAGCUUUCUGCAAUUACACCAAAGCAUCACAGAGGACACUGUCACAGUACUGGAGACUGUGGUCAAGCUGAAGAGCUUCGCUGAUAAUUUCUCCUCAUACACCCACUUUCUGCAAAAGAUUCUUCCCUAUCAGCUGAAAAGCCUGGAAGAAGAGUGCAAGGCACCUCUUUGUACUACCGCCCUUACCACGAAAAACCAGGAGCUGCAGAGUGACGUGAAGAGAGUGACUGUUGCAUUUGAGAAGCUACAGAACUACAUUAACCUUUUGGCCUUACCCAGUGUUCGGCAGGAUGCCAUGCCACAGGGCAGCACCUCAGCUGUCUUCACCCAGCUGGCGGCCUGCCUGCACAGUCUUCACGAUGCCAUUAAAGAGAUGUCAAAGCACUACAACCAGAAGGCCAGCUUAGAGCAGGAUCUCCCCACCGUCACCCAGAAGCUCUGCACCACCUCAGAGUGCCUGCUGGGAUCUUUGGGCUCUCUGACCAGCAGCACCGGCAAGAUUGCCACUUUCUUCAGCAACAACUUGGACUUCUUCACAUCAUCAGGCUACAGUCCAAGAGGCAGCACAGUAGCCCUCAACCCCUUGCAAGCAGAGAGUAUGCUGGCCAACAAAAAGAAAGCAGCUGCCUAUAUCCAUGCUAUCAAAAAGCCCAGGCCACAGUCUGUUCCAUACAGAGAAGCCCUGUCAAACCGCCGUAUACUUACCAGCUCCACUGAGAGCAGAGAAGGUCUCACUCAGCAGGUGCAGCAGAGCCAGGAGAAGAUCGCUCGGCUGGAGCAGGAGAAGGAGCACUGGCUCCUGGAGGCCCAGCUGGGGAAGGUGCGGUUGGAAAAGGAGAACCAGCGCAUUGCGGACCUGGAAGCGCAGCUCGCAGCAGCUCUAGGGGGAAGUCCAAACUCUCCAACAACCGCAGCCAGCACACUCGCACAUAGCCACGAGGAAGCAGAGGACGAGCAGAAAGCUGCAGGGAAAGAGACAACGCUGUGCACCAGCCUGGUUGGCAUGUUGUGCACAACACCUACGGUUGAGCAUGUGGGAGACGAGGAGUCCAGGGAGCAACUGAUAAAGACUCACUACAUGGCCAGAGUAGGAGAGCUCACCACCCAGCUCCAGAUUUCAGACAGCAAAGCGGUGCACUUCCACUCCGAGUGUCGAGCUCUGGCCAAGAGGUUAACCAUUGCAGAAAAAUCACGGGAGACUCUGAGCGAGGAGGUCAAGCUGGCAAAUCAGAACAUCACGCGCUUGCAGGAUGAGCUGGCUACGACAAAGAGGAGCUACGAAGACCAGCUCAGCAUGAUGAGUGACCACCUGUGCAGUAUGAAUGAGACUUUGAGCAAGCAGAGAGAAGAAAUCGACACGCUCAAACUGAGCAGCAAGGGAAACGCCAAAAAGAACAAAGGACGCUAGAGCUGCCCUCAACUCUGGCUCCGUUUGGCAUCACAAAGGGCACCUUGAGAGAAGAUCUGGUCUGUGGAGCCUCCCAGCAGAGUCCUGGCACACUAACACAGUCACCAAACCCACAGGACGGCUUCAGAUUCCUCCAUCAUCAGGCAGUGGCAGUACAAAUGAACUGUAUGGAGGCUUGAACAUGUUUGACUGAAGACACUUUUUUCCCCCCGUUUCCUUGUUGUCACAGCACCAGUUAUAACACAACAUGAUUUGCUAAAAAAAAUGCUUUUGGAAACAAUACCGGAAGCGGCUGCUUGACCUUUUGGCUAAAGCAAGGGUGGGAGAGAGACCACUUUUCCCCAAACGGGACAGAGGAAGAUUAAACAGCUGAAGUUGGUAAUGCUCACUGAAAUCAAGACUUGAAGACCAAACCCUGUUGAUCAGUGUGUAAUUUCCCUGCUUAACGUACGUGUGAGAGAUUCUUACUGCUUAUUUGUGGGAGCAGGCGAACAGAGUAAAUGUUGGUGUGGCUGUGUGUGCACAGAGUGUUGUCUCAUGGCGUGUGUGAGUAUUGUUUUACACUUAGAUUUUUCUUUUGUUUUAGAUCAGAUUUGAGGUUAUAUGUGGAAGUGAUUCCAAGGGCCUGUCUGUCCACAAACAACAUAAAUACUCCCUUACAGCACAUGCAUCGAUCACAAGCUUCUGUAAAGAAGGGCUUUAAAACCUAAAUGAUCAACCCACAAAAGAAACACUUGAAUUCAUUCCUCAUUUUGGAAAAUGUCCAGUCCUCUGGGAGUGGUGAAAGGAAAAGAAAAACUGAAUUAGGGUAGAAUGGACAAGUCGGAGCUCGUAAAAUGGUGUUAGUCUGUCUCUGUGAAGUUACUCUGUAACAAUAGUUGUUUUUAUCACCAAAGUAAGUUUGUAUGUGCACUCAGAGGCGUGGUGUGACACAACGGUCUCUCAAUUCAUGUUGUAAUGUGUGGACAAAAAGGGUUAUGUGAAUAUACACAUUUGAAAUCAUGAUCUAAUUGUACUGUAUUAUUUCUAAUAUAUAUACAAAAAGGCAUUUAUUCAGAUGUUACAAAUCUUUAUUUUCCACAAAAUUUCGACAACUGAAUCUGCAGCUAGUUUUCUGUGUGUAUCCUAACAGCCUAGAUUGCUGGAAGUAUCAUAGAAGGGUUGGCCCAUACUGUAACUGGUGCUUAGACAACCUGAUUCAUGAGUCAUGGCCGGUCAUGGCAGAGUGCAGUUAAAGUUUACAGUAAAAGUAGAACCUCUUUGGCUUGUAGUGACAUGAAGUAAAUGAAAGAAAAUCCCAGCUGAGGCUGUGAGCAGUUCAUUCAAACCUCUUGUUUGCCAGUCUACACCUGCCAGCAAAACUUUGACCACAAAGAAAAGCCAACACGCCCUAAACCGAUAUAGAAUAAUGCUUGUAUUCUCACAAUGUAACCUGUUCAAAAGCACAUAUAAAUAUGUGAAACUAAAUAAAAGGCUUGUUUAACAUUUAAA